UACACGGACAGGAAACCAAAUUACGAGGCGAGCGAAAACACCUGUACAGGUACCAAUCGAAAUGCGAAAUCCUAUGAUAUUAUGGUUGUGUCUUGCGGCGUCGACAUUUAGGACGUCGGUGGAAUACGAUGGAUUGAUAAACGCGUUGACCAGAGUAUUUGCACACAAUCACGUGCAAACCGUAACGGCUACCACAUGCUGGCCCACAGACGCAAACAGCCGACUACUAUUGGCACUGUCGUCGGCCGACAUAUCGGUAAAUUUCCGUCCGUCCCUGAUUCCAGUGCACGCAACCUGGUACAGAUAUGGGAUUCUGGUCGACGUGUCUUGCAGUGUUCAGAUCCCGACCACGUUAUUUCGGAAGGCUUCGAAACACAGACUUUUUAACAUGCAAAAUGAUUGGAUACUAAUAAACUCACGGCGAAACGAAAGUCGCGUGAUGAACACAUCGGCGAUUGCGCUCGAGACGUUCGAAAUGCAUUUAAGUGAAGCGUACGUUCUACCAGAAUCCAAUGUGUUCCUGUUCAUCGACACUGCCAGUGGGUGGGAAAUAUGGGAGGGUUUCAAAGUCGGUAAAAUGGAAAGAAUCCAAGUGAACAGACACGGGAUGGUGACGAGCGAUGGAAUUUAUUUUGAAAAAAAUGACUCCAUCUCGUUCAAGUCCAACUUACGAGGUAUCACAUUGAAGGCGACUACCGUGAUAUCAGAACCAAGCAAAUUCAAAGGGUUCUAUCCAUUUGCUGACACCGAUCUAGACACAUUCGCUCAGAUGCACUACGAUUUGAACGUGAUAUUACAGGAUCAACUAAAUUUUAAAAUAGAUCUAAGUAUCGUCAAUAGUUUUGGCUGGGAUAUGGGGAAUGCUUCGUUUAGUGGACUGACAGGUCAACUACAAAGAGAAGAGUGUGAUUUCAGCGGCAUCGGCGCAUUCAUGAGAAACGAUCGAAUGACUGUGAUUGAUUACACCGUAGGGACGUUUUAUAGACAAGCGGCAGCGUUGUUCAAACAACCACCACUAUCCAGUGUCCACAACAUUUGCAUUCUACCGUUCAAGUUCGAAGUGUGGAUGGUGACGCUUUUCACAUUUAUCGGAUUCACGAUCCUCAUCGCGUUUUUGUCCCGGAUGACCCGAAGGUUCAAGAAGGGCGAAGUAGAGACGCUUAACAUUUUAGACUCGGUUACGAUCGUUCACGGAGCAAUUUGCCAACAAGGCUACACAAUGAAUCUUAAUGCGGGGUCCAUACGGGUCGCUAUUUUCGUGCUGUUUUUGACUGCUGUAUUUCUGUUUACGUCGUACUCGGCCAGCAUCGUCGCAUUACUCCAGUCACCCAGCAAUUCGAUUAGGACCACUAACGAUUUGGUGGAAUCAUCGAUGACGUUUAGCGCACAAGACAAUCCGUACAAUGAUGUAUACUUCGGCGAAACGGACGAUCCACUUUUACGGAAACUUUAUGAUAAAAAAAUGAAACCUCACGGAACGCAAAAGUUUACAUUAGCAUCUGCAGGCAUAGCUAGAAUUCGAACAGAGUUUCAUGGGUUUAUGAUUGAUUUUGUAUCAGCAUACAAGUUAAUUAGCCAAUUGUGGCUAGAAGAAGAAAAAUGUGGUUUAUCGGAGAUUCAACUUUUUAAAUUGCCAAUGCUCGCAUUAGCGGUGGUUAAAAGAUCUGGGUAUAAAGAUAUUUUAAAACAAAAAUUAAUACAACAACAAGAGGUCGGACUUAAAAAUCGAAUCAUACGACGAUGGAUACCUGCAAAGCCGAUGUGUGAUUCUUCAAAUCGAGCCAAUCAGUUUGUCAGCGUUUCUAUAAAAGAAAUAUAUCCCAUGCUUCAGAUAUAUGGAUUUGGAUUAUGUAUUUCGAUCGUAAUUCUGUUUUUUGAAAUUGCAUACAACGUUUACACUGACCGGAGUGAAAAUCUGCAUAGCAAUACAUAUUUUAGUAUUUUUCGUUUUAUGUAUAAUAAACGAUAGACUUUUAAGUACAAGUAUUGAAUAAUAGUAUCACAAUUCACAACAUAUUUUGUAAUAUAAUGUUCAUUAUUUUCAAUCAUUAUCUGUGCAGGAUUAAGUUUAAUUGUAUGACCAAUAAUUUAUCAAUGUAAAAUUUGUCUUGAGUUUGUUGACUGUGUUUUCUUCAGUAUACCUAUAUAGGUAGUAUAUAUAUAUUCUAUUGUGUUAACACUGUUUGAAAAAAAAAGUAUAAAUGCAUUGUAAAGUGUGUACUUAUUACACAGGUUUAGACAACUAUAUGAAACCAAAAUAAAUUAAUAAUGUAUUAUGGUAGCAUCAGUCAACUAUUGUAAAAUGAUUUUUUUUUAAUAAUGUAACUCUAAAAAUAUGUCAAAAAUAGUUAAUAAAGUUAUUAAGUAGGUAUAUUAUGUAUAAUGUUUAUCAUUGAUUACCGUUUUGAACUAGUAAUUUAAGACGAAUCUGAGAUUA